GUCUACCAGAGCGAGGCGCUGUUGUACAAGGGGAUGCACACUCUAUUUGGUUGCGGGAAAUAUGUUUUAUUUUCUAAAUUAAGAAAUGACCGAAAACUUUUAAUGUAUCCAGUGUUUCAGACUGUAUCAGCAGACACUUUUAAAUGAGGAUGCUUUCGCCGACAGAGCCGAUGAUCAUAUGUUUGAUCGGGAUGGUGUUAUGUCAUUUUUCCGACUGCUUUACAAACUAGCAGGUAAACUUGAAAAAAAAAAUAUAAGCCGUGGCAGAAAGCUUCACUUUUAUCACGACAUUUCACCGAAAAUAUCCGAAAGCGUAUUUUAUGAACAAUUUUAUUCGUAUUUAUUCGCUUAUGUGCUGUUUUUGCUUUUCGAUGUUUUAUUUGCUCUGUUUGGAUAAAUUGGAUUGGAUUAAAAAGCCAAAGGACCUUGUCAAGUUGGUGGCUUUGCUUUGGAAAUUGUGCUGACUAUACAUAACUUGUGGUCUGAAAACGAAAAAUAUGUUUAAUGCUCAGAAAUAACUGUAUUUGCUUCCUGUUUACGCCGACGAAAGCAACCUGAGGAGUUUAAAUUAAGUUUGUGCGCGAUCCGAUAAACCAGCUGUAGCUCGAGCUCACAGCUGUUCAUUAAAUAAGUGUAUCAAGCUGACACUGUUUCGCUUAGAAUAUAGAACAAAAUGCGAUAGACACGAGAAAACAGUUCAUUCUGUUAAAUUGGACCGGGUAUUUUGGCGUAAGGCCUGCUGGUCGGGCUUUUGCCGGGUGAGAUUUGGGGGUUAGGCCGCGUCAGGUCGCCUUCAGCCCGGCCGUGAGUGACGCGCAGUCCCGCUGCCAGAAGAAGAGCUAUGGAGCGGAUGGAGGUGGACCAGUGCGCAGGCGCAGGAGGAGCCCUCCGAAGGUCGAACAGCGCCCCCAUGAUCACGAACGUCAGCGACGGGACGACAGUAUUCAGCCCUAAUAGUUCGGCUCGGUAUCGUCGGAGCAGCGUUUCUGUUAAUCCGAGCUGUCCCUCCCGGACCCUUCCUCUGUCCCCAUUCUCCCUGCCAUGUGAAAGAUCCGAACACAAGAGACGGAUUGAGAAUAUGGAGCUCACUUUGAGGGGGAGCUUGCAGAGACUAAGCGCCUCGCCUGCUGUUCCCUUCCCUCCUGCGAGUCAAUGGCAUGACCAUCUGUCUCCAGGAUUCCAUUCCCAGGACAGCGGUGUCACUCCUAAUUCCUCACCCAGUCCAAUUCGAAGGUUUCGAGGAGGAUCUGUGAGCUCUGGAGUGAGAUGGCCAUCAUCAGUUGCACCUUUGAAAAGGAAAGGUGGAGUGGAAUCGGACGGUCCUCCCAAAAAGCUCUUUGUUGCUGGAGUCACAGACCCUGCUCACAUAACCAGUUACACAGUCAGUGUUUCCCAGUCAGUCGACUGUUCCUCUGGGACUGCUCCUGUCGAUUCAAACCCCCAGGCCACCCCCCUGUGCCUCUCCUCUCCGUCUCCCUUCACCUCUCACCACCCCAGCAUCUAAACCCCAGUAUUCAUCACCUUGUAGAGCUUCGGACUCAAGGUGUUGUAAAAUGAAGACCAAACCUCGACCUAAAAUCAGUUCUGUCCCUUUUUGUUUGCCUGUUUUUAAUUUGGUGUUUUGAAUAGAGUUUUUCAGCUCAAUCACUUCUGAAGGAAAUUCAACCUAGUUGCGACUUUGAUCUAAAAGAAAAAAUCAAGAUGCAUUAGAAGACAAAAUCUUCUGGAUGUAUCUGACAUGACAACAUGAACGCUGCAGGCUAUCAUGUGAUUUGUGUAUAAAUAUGGAUCUUCGGUGCCUAUGGAAUAGUGUGUUAUAGAUGUGAAACAGUAUCUGCAAUAGCACAUUGCAAUGAAAGUGUUCAGGUAAUUGAAACCUGGCGAAUAUUGACACAAAGACUCUUUCCUCAUUGUACGGAAGUGUUCAAGAGAAAGACCAGUUUUGCUCUUCUUUGUUUUCCUCAACUUUUGUAUUUUGGCACAUCUUCAGCUUCCAUUAACAGGGUCCAACGGUCUGGGAAGACAUCCAGAAUGCAUAGAUUGCGAGUAUUAAAAUCAGUUGGCCAUAGAUGUCAAUUCUUUGUAUAAAUGUGAAUAAUCGAAUAUUAUUUUGGUAGGUAUUAAUCCUAUGUUUUUUUUCUUGCGUUUAUCCGAGGAUUCUGAUGUCUGUAAAUGUUUAUUUUUCCAUAUAACUUUAAGCUUGGACUGAACUUUUUGAGUUUGAAAAAUAUUCCUUAAAUCAUUGAAAAGGAUACCAGCGAAUUCGGGCAACGCCCACAUUUUGAUUCGCUCGUCGCUUACUUGAAGGAAUAGUCCAUCCAAAAAUGUAAAUUUGCUGACAAUUUAUCUACCCUAAAGGAAUGCAAGAUGUAGAUGAGUUUGUUUCUCAUUCUGACGGCACCCAUUCACUGCAGAGGAUCCAUUGGUGAGCAAGUGAUAUAAAGCUAAAUGUAAUGCCAUUCUAUUCUAUUCUAAUGAAGAAAAACUCAUCUACAUCUUGGAUGGGCUGAGAGUGAGUACAUUUCCAGCAAAUGUUAUUUUUGAGUGAACUAUUCCUUUAAAACAAGUACUGUAAAGACUAGAUGUCUCACUUGGCAUCUACAAUCCAAUGUUGGAGUAUACACAAAGCACUUUCAGUGAAAUGUCCAUAUCAAAAACUGACCUAGAGCCUUAUAAUGUAUCCCGUCUGAGGCAAGAAGAUGCUUUUGAGUAACGCCGCAGUGUGAAAAAUCAUUAGUCAAUCUGUUUUUCCUUCCUAAUGAAACCCUAAACAAGACUUUUAUAUUGUGAACUAUGUAUAGAAAUUGAGGAGUUAAGAUACUUGCAAGGGAUGAGCUGUUGCAUUACAAAACAAGAUAAAUGUUUCUACAAUCACUGUUUCAGCAGAUAUCAUACUCUUCCUCUUGUACUAUUUGCACAGUGUUAGAUGUCAAUGUUGCUGUUACAUGAGUGGGAUCAUAUUUACUUUUACUUUGCAUAUGUGGCUAUAAUUGUGGCGUCUGAGCUGGAUGGAUUUUAUUAAGCUCAUUGAAAAUGUAUCAUCCAAAAAGUGACAUGCUGCAGUUAACUGAACUGGAAGCCCUUCUGAAGCGAAUUGACCAUGAUACUUCACAGCAUUAUGCAAAUUAUUAGAUUGUGGCGCAUUUUGCAUUGUUAUUUAUGAAUGUGUAAAAGCUCUGGUUGCCGUAUGUACUUCAGUGUCAAUGUAAAAAUAUAUCACAAUUCUUGAUUCCCAAAAUCUUUAUUGAAUCGGCACCGGCAGCUUGUCGGUCAAUAAAGUUGCACAACAGACAUUUGAAGCCGUUCCUCUGUUUCCAUAUUCAUGUAUCAGAAGGAAUACAGCUCAUUCUUCAUUUAUUGAAAUUAUCAUUUCGUUUUAAACUCAAUGGUAAUGCUUUACAGGUUUUGAGUCUUGAAGUUUUAAUUCCAAAGUUACUUUGCAGUGUCAUCUGCGAUUUCCAGUUAUUGGGGUCCUUUGGAUUUCAAAGAUUGAUACCAAUGUUUAUGGGUCUUUAAAAGUGAUUACAAAUGUGCAAUAUGCAUUAAAGUUGCUGGAAUUAGUAUGUCAAGUUCAUCUGGAUAAUCAGUUCAAAUCAAUGGGAUACCAGGUAUUUAUUAAGAACCUGCACGGAAGACUUGUCAGCUGUUUGUUCUGAAUCAUUUGUAUAAUCUAGUUGUCAUUUAUUUUUCAGAUUUGCCAUACGCUUACUAUGACAGGAUCUGUUGUAUAUGUGUGUCAGACACAGAAUCAUGAUUUGUCCCUUGUUCUCCUUAAAUGACUGAGUGGUGUUGUGAAGAAACUAAAUGGGUUGGGAGCACAUGAAAAACAUUGUAAAGAAAUGCCAAAGCCAUUGUUCAUAAAUUGUAAAUAUAUCCUGGAAGCCAGAAAAAUUAAGGGAAAGACGGAUAUUGUUUUGAAAUUGGUAGCAAAAGUAAAUUUAUUCCCUCUCAGUUGCUCAAGAUGAAUGUCCAAUUAUACGAGAAAAAAAAUUAUAUUAUACCAUAUAUUCUUAUGAAAAAAUUCAUAAUUAAAAACUCAUUUCAUUGA